UUCCAAUCCGUCUCAAACGAUUUUUUAAUUUCCUGCCGAGAAAAGAGGCGAGACUAGAGAGCAAGGAAAGCAAAGCAUAGCUUCUUCACAACUCUACUCUCCUCUCCUCUAGUCUUCUCUACUUCUCUCCAGGUCCAGUCGCUCUAGCAAAACUCAACUGAGAAAACCAAGUAACAGAAUCUCGCAAGUGCGUGGCAAUGGCGGAUCGGAGUCGAAGUUUCCUGAAAGAAGGAACAUUAACGUAUGCUUAUAUUCUCCUUUACAUUGCUCUCUCCAGUGGCCAGAUCUUCUUUAACAAGUGGGUUUUGUCAUCUAAGGAAAUAAACUUUCCUUAUCCUCUUGGACUGACUCUGCUUCACAUGGUUUUCUCCUCUGUUUUGUGUUUUGUACUAACCAAGGUUUUCAAGGUUAUGAGGGUUGAGGAAGGAAUGACCCUGGAAAUAUAUACAACUUCAGUUAUUCCCAUUGGUGCAACGUUUGCAAUGACUCUGUGGCUGGGAAACACAGCAUACCUUUAUAUAUCUGUGGCUUUUGCACAAAUGUUGAAGGCUAUCAUGCCGGUAGCUGUUUUCGUUCUUGGUGUAGCAGCUGGACUUGAAAUGAUGAGCUGCAGAAUGCUUUUCAUUAUGUCAGUGAUAAGCUUUGGUGUUCUAGUGGCUUCUUAUGGAGAAAUAAAUAUCAACUGGAUUGGAGUUGUGUACCAGAUGGGUGGAGUUGUUGGAGAGGCCUUGAGACUUAUUUUUAUGGAGAUUCUGGUGAAGAGGAAGGGUCUGAAAUUAAACCCUAUAUCUGUCAUGUACUAUGUCAGUCCCUGCAGUUCUGUUUUCCUGUUUAUUCCUUGGAUCUUUCUGGAGAAAUCAAGGAUGGAAGCACAUGGGACAUGGAACCUUCAACCACUAGUGUUAAUACUCAACUCUCUCUGCACCUUCGCUCUCAAUCUAUCAGUUUUCCUUGUGAUCUCACAUACGAGUGCUCUGACCAUUCGUGUGGCUGGAGUUGUCAAGGAUUGGGUGGUUGUCUUGCUGUCUGCCCUUUUAUUUGCAGAUACGAAGCUAACAAUUAUAAACCUGUUUGGCUAUGCUAUUGCUAUUGCUGGUGUAGCAGCAUAUAAUAAUCACAAAUUGAAGAAGGAAGCUUCUAAAGGCAGUUCUGAUGAAUCGAAACAUCCUGAAUCCAUACCUUUGACUGAACCAUCAACCUCCAACAGUUAAAUAUACCAUAGAGUAGUGUGUGAAGACAUUUUUGAGUAUGGAGCUGAAUCUAGUGGAGGCAAUGAUGUGUAAAGAUGCAAAACCCACAAAUGCAUCACUAUGAAAAGAAACAUUUGCGGAAACGUUUCAAUGUUUGAGGUAUUUUUGUUUGUAGACUGCUGUCCAUUUUUUUUCUGUCACUUACUUGUAAGGAGAGAAAAGGAGGCGGCGAAGCAAUUGUGUGAUCCCUCGUCCCUACAUUCCUUUUCCUUCUUCAUCUAGAAAAUACCAGUAUCAAUGCCCGGGUACACAUGAAAUUCACAAAUGUAUAACGUGUAUAGUUUUAAAUUGGGAUAGUAGAUGCCGAUGUGCCAUGCCUGCAGUUUACCUUUUCA